UGCUGUGGUAUUUGUCGUGGGAGUGAAAAGGUUGGGUUUCCUGCUUUGCGCAAUAACAAAACCAAUAUAUAAAUCUAUUGCUACAAGAGGAAGCUCUAAAGAUACAUUGGUCGUUUCACGAUGGAGAGCMUCUUUAUAGCUCUGCUUGCUUUGUGCUUUGUAUCAGUUCAAAGCCGUUACCUGAUCACCACGUCGCGUAUUUAUCGCACCGGUACUGURGAAACGUUGAACAUCAACCUCUUCGACAACAAAGGAUCAUGGAACAUCACAGCAAGUCUCARAAUCAAAGAUCGUACGAUUGCUAUAGCAACUCAAAUACUCCAAGGCGACUCACAAGGAACGAUGGAGAUCAAGAUUCCUCACAAGGUGAAGAUUCCCCACAGCUCACGUCACAGACGAACCAACGCCCAACUUUCCAUCCUUGGUUUCAAGGUCGGGUCGGAAUCUGAGAGUUUUAAUGAGACACAACCACUAAAGGUUGAAAAACAGGAUAACAGUCUCUUUAUCCAGACUGACAAACCCAUCUACAAACCUGGUCAGACAAUUCGAAUGCGAAUUAUUGGUAUAAAGCCUGAUUUGAAGCCUUUGGAUGGAAAGCUUGAGCGAGUGACAGUGGUGAAUCCAUCGGGCGUCCGUAUGCAACAGUGGAACAAUCUUGAGCUCAAAGAUGGAAUGCAAAGUCUCAAGAUGCUGUUAUCUGAACAACCAAUACUUGGGAACUGGAAAAUAAAAGCAGUUUUCAAGGGCAAGACAAUUACCAAGAAAAUCGAAGUCUCUAAAUAUGUCUUGCCAAAGUUUGAAGUCACCAUCGAUCCACCAACAUUCAUUGCUGUAGACAGCAAGGUUGUUGAUGGAACUAUAUGUGCAAGGUAUACCUAUGGCCAGUUAGUGGCUGGAACCCUGAAGGUUACAUUUCACAUCAAGCAAAACUGGUGGUGGAGAAAGAAAGCUGAAAAGAAAAUCACGGUUGAAGCUAAGGUAAAAGGAUGUUACARUUUUGCCCUCAAAAACAAAGAGCUUGGUCUCGAUGGUAUGAAAUAUUCUUAUCAUGGAUCUCGCCUGAAUAUCACUGCUACCCUAACAGAGGAAGCCACUGGAGUAACUCGUGCUGCCGAGAGUACCGAGACUGCUAUUGUUCCUUAUCGAGYCAAGCUGAACUUUUAUGMAGGAACACCGAGAUUUUUUAAGCCUGGGUUACCUUUCUACGGUCAGCUCCGCGUUCAGUCACCCGAUGGGCAACCUCUCUCCGGGGAAGAUAUCCGUAUUACAGCUAAGCACGGAGGGAAAACCUUUUACACUAAAAAUUUUGUUGUUCAAAAUGGAGUAGUAAACUUUGAAAUCAAAGAUGUUCCUCAUCGCUUCAACUACAUUGCUCUUGAUGCUCGACAUGGUAAAGGUGACAUCUUUGGUAAAGACUAUGCAAGCACAAACUGGUACCCCACUGCUGGUAUUCACUGUACACCAUGGUACUCGAAAACUUGGAGCGUAUUAGCCAUACAAAAGCCUAAAUCAUUAAAGGUUGGAACCAGAGCCAAGAUACAUUUCAAGUAUACGUCCAUGGAGAAGAAAUUUACAAGUGAACUUUUUUAUCACGUCAUGUGUGGAGGAAAKGUAACAGCAUCAGGAAGCAAACCGCUGAAUUUUGAAGACAAGUCACAGMAAGCUAAAACUAAUAYUACUACURCAAGCAAUAAUACSGCACAAUCAACAACAAUUGCAAAACAAAAAACACRAAAUACAACGACUACUACGAGUUCCUCGUCGCCUGGCAACCCUGAUCGACAGUGGRYCUCACCUGUAGUUGGYCCAGUUGGACCAAGUAAAGAUGAACGCCCAAACAUUUCCAGACUUUACAAAGGAAAUGGUUUCAUCAAGUUGAACGUGAUUCAAGCAAUGGUGCCUUCAUGUCGUUUACUUAUGUUUUAUGUCAAAAAAGAUGGAGAAACCGUAGCAGACAGCAYUGUGAUUGAUGUGGACGGCAAAUUAGAAAACCAGGUUGUUGUUCGAUUUGAUGACAAUGUCCGCAAACCAGGAGAGAAAGUUAGCAUCACAAUGAAAGCUGCACCAGGRUCAACUGUCGCUCUAGCUGGUGUCGAUAAAAGUGUUCGGCUUUUAAAAUCAGCUGAUGAUCUCACCAACGAUAAGGUUUUAAAUUUUCUAACAUCUCAAGAUGUCGGACCUUCAAAUUAUAACCCAAGACGAAGGAAAUGUGAUGGAUACGACUACUGGGGAGGCUGGGGAGGUGGUGGUUUCGGAGGAGGCUUUGGACCAGUUCCUCGCAGACGAGCACGGACAAUAUUCCCACCCUACUCACGCAGCAGUUUUGUCGAYUCGUCAAAAGCAUUUCAUGAUUCUGGUGUGGUAUAUUUCUCUGAUCUGAUAGUGGAAUCCCGUCCAUGCCCUAAGUUCUAUGGCUGGAGGUCACGUGAGUUUGGGUUUGGGUUAGGCGGUGGAGGAGCAGGGGGCGCAAGUGGAGGCGCGGUCGAUGGACCGAUAGCGGUUCCUCUCGUAAUGGAAAGGAACACUGAUGCUUCUAAUGUACAAAAGAAGAAAAAAUCGCAGGCUCCAACUGUGCGUAAAAAUUUCCCUGAAACAUGGUUAUGGAUGGAAGAAACCAUCAGCGAUGACAGCGGUCAACGGACCAUUAACGCCACAGUCCCAGAUACCAUCACCAGUUGGUACCUUAAUGCAUUUGCCAUGUCGUCAAAGAGUGGUAUAGGAGUGUCUGAUCCUUCUGUAUUGACAGUCUUCCAGCCAUUCUUCGUGUCGUUCACCUUGCCGUACUCCGUCAUCCGCGGAGAAGAAGUCAGCGUCAUUGCAACAGUCUUCAAUUAUAUGAGUAAAUGUGCAACGGUUCGAAUCAGCUUAACCCAAUCAGAUCACUUCAAUCUCAGCUCAGAUGUUGACCAUAACCUGUGCAUUUGUGGAAAUGAAGCUAAGUCAGUGAAGUACGUUAUUACGCCUAUACAACUCGGUAACAUACCCCUCAAGGUCACGGUCAAGAACGUCCAGAAAAGUCUAUGUAAAAAWCCAUCAGAAGAAGCYCCUAUAGGUAUAUCUGAUGCUGUACAGCGAAAGCUCUUGGUUGAGCCCGAGGGUGUCCGYCAGGAUUACACGUACAAUAGCUUCAUCUGCCCAGAAGAAACAGAAAAGAAAUUAUUCCAUGAUUUCAUUGAAGUUUCUCUUCCUGAGCACUACGUMCCCGGCUCUGUACAUGCAACACUCUCUGCUAUCGGUGAUCUGAUGGGCCCCAGUUUAUCAGGUCUUGAGGAACUGCUCAGGUUACCUACAGGAUGUGGAGAGCAAAACAUGGUCAAGUUCGCCCCUAACAUUUAUAUCAUGCAAUAUCUUAAGAGCACCAAUCAGCUCACUGGAAGUAUUGCAGAUAAGGCUAAGGGAUUCCUCAGAACAGGAUACCAAAGAGAAUUAACUUACAAACGCAAAGACGGUUCCUACAGUGCUUUUGGUGAUAGAGAUAAAGAAGGCAGUUUAUGGCUGACUGCAUUUGUAGUCCGCUCGUUCUCUCAAGCUCGUCCGUUCAUAUUUGUCGAUGAAGACGAAAUUAACUCUACUCUCAAGUGGAUCAAAGAGAAGCAACUUGAAACUGGCUGUUUCAAAAAACACGGACAGUUAUUCMACAAAGCACUUAAGGGAGGUGUAUCAACUCCAAUUACAUUGACUGCCUAUAUUGUUAUAUCACUGCUUGAGAGUGACGUUGAUCCUAAGAACGUUGUCAUUGCUAAAGCACUCAGGUGCAUCACCGACCAAAGAAACAGCGUGCUAGAUGCAUACGGUAAUGCAAUCAUUGCAUACGCACUGACACUUGCUAAGCAUCCUGAUCGUCCACAAUUCAUACGAAGACUCAAGUCACAGGCUAUUGUGAAAGACGGUUUGAUGCACUGGGAGAAGAAAGAAAAGUCUCAGCGAGCAUCAUCAAUUGGUUGGCAGCCACCUUAUCACCGCUCUCGCUCAGCAAACAUCGAAAUGACUGCCUAUGCACUCAUGGCAAUAAUAGGUGACGGAAGGGACUCUAAAGCCAUCGCAGAUUCAAUGCCKAUUAUCCGUUGGAUAGCGAAACAGAGAAAUGCMCAAGGGGGAUUCUCGUCCACGCAGGACACGUGUAUUGCUCUUCAAGGUCUGUCCAAAUAUGCCAGGUUCAUCUAUAAAAGUGGCGUAACACGAAUGAGGAUCAAUGUUGGCUACACACGUGAUCCCUUCCACCAUGAGUUCCGUAUCGAGGAUAGUAAUCGACUUGUACUACAACGUGUCGAGAUUCCAGAAAAGAUCCUCCAUUCUAAAAGAAUCCCUGUCGAUGCUGUAGGACAAGGAUGUGCUUUGCUGCAGACUGAUGUUUCGUAUAACAUCCCAGAAGUCUCUGAGCCCCCAGCGUUUGCCCUGUCGGUCAGCGUGUACCCACGAAAAGGACUGCGUUCUUCUGUUGUGACAUCAGAGGCAGGAGAACAGUUAUGCCAACCACUGGAGCUGAGAGUAUGCACUAAGUGGCUGGAGGAAGAUAAAUCAGGAAUGGCAGUCAUUGAUGUUAAGCUUGUAUCAGGCUAUACUGCAGAUAAAGAAUCUUUGGACAGGUUGAUGAACAGAUUUGACCUUGGGUUGAGGAAAUAUGAAAUGAAUGAAAACAAUGUUGUUCUGUACUUUGACGAGAUUAAGAGAGUCUGUGUAACCUUUGGAAUCCAACAAACGUCUGUGGUGAAGAAAACAAAACCUGCUUCAGCGAAAGUGUACGAAUACUACGAUACAGACAACUCAGCGACUACUAUGUACAACAUAACGGAAGACCUCUGCCUGCCUGAACCAGAGCCUCCAACAACUCCACCAUCAACCAAUCCUUGUCCCUUGUGCCCUAAAACGAUUGACGUUACUGCCCUUCGACAAAUUAUUUGCAAGACAAAUAAUGUAAUGGCGGUACGUACGGUAAAAGCUGGAGAAACAAGGUUCGAGUACGUGGUAUCUAGUAAGGAGUUUGCAUCAGACAAAAAGCUACAGAAAAAUGUUCGACCAAUUAAUAUUACCCUCCCAAAGGCAUGUGGCUGUAAAGUUUUGGGCCCAGGAAACAAAGCGUUAAUUUUGUUAAAACGCAAAACGAUCGCGAAGAGUGUAAAGACAUUGAAGUUAGAUGGAAAUUCGGUUGUGAUACCACGUAAAGCUGCUUUGACAACUCUACUGAGGGGUGCGAUGAAAAAAUGCAUCGUCCCAAAACUGGCGUUUGGCUCAGGUCAAAAUGAUCCUUGAGYGACCUCAUUGAUACUGCGCACUUUCGCUACACUUAGAAAUCCCUAGGCAAGAACAAUGUAGUGUUUUGACGAUAAUGAAUAUAUAUAUAACAAUCAGUUCUUUCAAAAAUGCUGUUUGUUAAGGUGUACUGACAUCAUGACCUAUGAAGGGCUCAAAAAUCCCUUAAUUUUUUUUAAAAAUUUUAUCUAUACUAAAAAUCAGUUAAAGUGCAAGACUAAGCUCACCCUAAUAAUAGCUAUUGUGACUUACAACGGAAAUUUUGUUAGGAAAACUCUAUUCAUCGGUUUAUAGAUACUGUUAGUCCUGAAUCUGAAAAGACAUGGUUGAAAUAUCCCUAAAGCCUUUAUCAAAAAUGUAUGUUUAAAUCUAAGCCAUAAACUAUUGUCAGCAGCUUUGUGAAUAAACUUCUUGAAAUAAGAAAAAAGACACAUUUUUUCAUUAA